AUGUCUACCACCGGGCAUGGCGCUCCACAAGGACCCGUACCUUCGAGGGCCACUGGAUCAAACAAUGAACCGGACGGUCUGAACGGCUCGAACGGAGUCGAUGACCAACAAGUACCCGAUGCUGCUGCGCACCCCCAGGAGCCCGGCGGUCCUCAGGGCAACGGAGUCGACGGUGGGCCACACAAGACUUCGACCCGGCAUAGUUCUGUCCCUGUCAAAGAUAAGCUCAAAGAACAGAGGGACAAGAUCAAAGAACAGAAGGACAAGGUCAAGACCAAAGCGAAUCCACCUGGUGGGUUUGAUUCCACGCCUAUACCGGAUGCACCGCCGGGCUAUACAGUCAAGUUCGUCUUCCAUGAGGCCACCAAUCUUCCGGUUGCGGAUAUCAGCACCGGAAGCUCCGAUCCGUUCCUCGAGGCUACCCUGUACACAUCGCUGCCAAAGCGUCACAAGGAAGACGCCGACCUUGGCCACAGAACCCCGACUAUUGCCCGUACGACUGAACCCAAGUGGGAGGCGGAGUGGAUAGUUGCCAAUGUUCCUUCAUCGGGAUUCAAGCUCAAAUGUCGGCUCUAUGAUGAAGACUGGCCGGAUCACAAUGACAGGCUCGGUAAUGUCACCAUUAACGUACCUCAUGUUGAUGAGACUUGGCCAGGUUUCUCGCGACAGGAGUUUCAUGCUAAAAAGCGGGUUGGUAGCAAGAGGGCGUACUUCCUCAAAGCCGUCACAACUGCCUUUCAGAAGGAUUCUUCGAUGACGCCGAGCCUUUUUGUGAGCGCUACCGUUCUUGGUAAAUCCAACUCAGAGCCGAAUGGACAGAUAUAUACUCUUGGCCCGACUUCAUAUUAUAGGCACGUCUCUCCAAUGAUCGGACGGCUCGCUGGCGUACAGGUCAACAAGAACGAAGACCACGAUUCUGGUCACCACGAGGCUGGAGCUAGUGCUGGCCAAGACAGCGAGAGCCGGGAGAACAAGACAAAAAGAUAUGACUUUCAGGCUGUUGAGCUUCAACUCCAGGGGCCGGUCCCUCCCAAGCUCUAUCAUCGCUAUGUUGAGUUCAGACCACUAAUAGGUCUGAUGUUCAGUCGUAAAGGUCUUCGCGGGCGUGUUCUCCACAAGGCUCUGACCCACCAGCAUAAUCGUAUUUACAAUUUCGACAGCUCCACUCAAUAUGGAACUUUCAAGCCCUGCUCUGAGGAAGCUAGCUUACAGUUCUUGAAGCUAGUGCAUUUCGAUCAAGGCGGUCGACUCUUUACAUACAUCAUCACGCUGGAUGGACUGUUUCGAUUCACGGAAACUGGCAAAGAAUUUGGGAUUGACUUGCUGAGCAAGCACACAAUGCACUCAGAUGUGGCCACGUACAUCGCGUGUUCGGGAGAAUUUUUCGUACGCAGAUUGCAGAAGCCCACCGGUUCUACGGACCCAGAGCCCGACCAACCCACACACCCCUCUCAGGAAAUUCCUGGUGGGCCUCCGUUCCAGGAUCCUCCAACAAAGCCGGAGUAUUAUCAGCUUGUGAUUGACAAUGACAGUGGAACCUACCGGCCGGACAAAUCAGUCUUGCCUGAUUUGCAGAAGUUCCUGGAAAGGCAGUUUCCAGGCUUGGGUGUUGUGGCACUUGCUUGUGAUGAUGAUGAAGAUCAGAAGCUGAAGGAAGCACAGAGAAAUAUUAAGAAGAAGGAAGGUGAACAAAUCCGAAUGGUUCGAAAUCGCAGUCCGAGUGCCAGCUCCUUCAGCUCUGAUGAUAUCAGUGAUUUGGAGGAGAUGGACAGUGCUGGGGAUGCUGGGCGAAAGAGCAAAAAGGAGCAGCUCAAGAAUCAGUUCCGCCCCAAAGCCGGCGAAAGUGCUGCAGGUGGGUCGAACCAAGUCUCUUAA